AUGAAAAUUUACAUAUAGUCCCCUGUAUUUCAGAAAUUCAUAUUCAAUAACUAACAAUAGAGAAAUAAAUUGUAAAUGCCAGUAUCUUAGGAUAAAAUUGAGAAACCCUCUCCUAUGUCCAGAUCCCUCACUAUUAAAUAGUAAUAAUUUCAAGCAAAUUUAAUAGAAGAAGACAAACUCAAAAUACAGUUGAAACAAGAGGAUUAUCAUUAUCAAUUUCAAGGGAAACUCAAAGGAGCUUUUUCAAAGAACCCAUUCAAAAUAAAGUCAUCCCUACAGAUUAAUUUUAAACCAUGAUUAAGGAGAUUUAAGUUGGAAACUCAAUACAAGUUAUUACAAAGUUAGAAUAGGGUCCAUUUUCAAAAAAAACUUAUUUGAUUUUAGGAAUUGCAUACAAACAAUUAAAUUAAUUUGAUAAAGCAAGAAGUUGGGUAAUUAGUGAUCUUAAUAUAAGUUCAAUAAAUGUUUGUCUGAGUAUCCAAAUUAUUUAGAUGGCUACAUUUAAUCAGCUGUUUUAGAAUUUAAAGCAUAAAAAUACUAUGAAUCUCUUAAAUUUAUAGAAUAAGCAUUACUUCAUAAUCCAAAUGAUAAAUAGGCACUCUAAUAUAAAGCUAGAUGUCAUUCAGCUUUAAAAUAACAUCAGAAAGCUUUAGAAAUUUAUGAGAAGCUAAGCAAUACAGACUUUAUAGGUAGAUCACGUCAUUGUCUAUCUUUAAUUAAAUGUAAUUAUUUUGACCAAGCACUAAUUAAAAUUGAUACAAUCUUAUAGCAAGACAGUGAAAAUGCUGAAGCUUUAUUAUUAAAAGGAAUAAUAUACUUUAAAAAAAGUAAAUAAUAUUAUAAUUUAUAGAAAAUUUUAUGGAAUCUUAAAUUUAUAUUGAGCAAGCUAUUCAAAUGUCAACAUCACAUUAAUUAAGUGCCAAAGCUAUUUCUUAUAUUAUUAAGUCUAAAAUAUGUCUAAUGGACUUUUAUGAAGCUUAAUUACACUUAUCAAGAGCAGAUUAAUUAUAAAGGAAUUUUACAUGCAUAACUAAAUUAAAACCUUUUGUAAAUGGAACUAUUAAGUUAAUGAAAAGAUAAUUUGCAUAAGGACUUCAAUUAAUUAGAGAAUUAAAAUCAAUUAGCAAAUUCUUAUAGCCAAUUUAUUAUAAAUUUUUAGGUUAUGCAUAGUUUUGUACUUCUGAUUAUGUUUCAGCUCUAAAAUCAUAUGAAAUGAUUAAUUAAAUAGAAAGAGGAUAAUUAUAUAAUAGAUAUGUUGCUGAAGCUCUUAUUUUAUUAUAAAAAUGUAAAUUUUAUGAAAAUAAUAAGGUUAGUAUGAACCAUCAAUUAAAUUGCUUGACAAAGCAAUAGAAAUAUUUCCAAAUAAAUUAGAACCUUAUUAUUAUAAAUGUUCAAUUUGUUUACUUGAUAAAUUAUAUGAUGGAGUAUAAGAAUGUGAAUAGUUAUUAGAAUUAGCAUUCAAUAAAUAAGGAAAAUAGCCUAAUUUAUUUUUUGCUAGAGCUAUAAUGAAAUCUUAUAAAAGAAGAUAUACAUCUGCAAUGAAGGAUUUAGAAAAGGCUAUUGAUAAAAGUGAAGAUAGUAUAAGUGAUCACUUUUACAUAAGAGGUAUCUUACAUGCUUAAAGUAUGAGAUUGAAAGAAGCUAUAAAGGAUUUUACAACAGCAAUUCAUUUUAAUAAGGAACAUUCAGAAUCAUAUUUAGAAAGAGCUAAAUGUUAUUAGAUAAAAGGAGAGUAAUAUAAAAUAUAAUGAUUAGUACAGCAUAGAGUUUUGGUGAUAUGAAUAAAUAUGUUAAGUAUAAUAAUUCAGAUGAGAUUCAUUAUUGGAGUGGAAGUUUGUUGUUUCAUAAUAAUGCUUAUGAAGAAGCACUUAAAGCAUUUAAUGAUGCCAAAUAAACAAAUUAGAUAUUGAUAUUAAAAUUAAAGUGUGAAAUUAAAUUGUAAUAAAUAGACAAAGCAUGUAUAAUAUCUAAUUAAUUAACACAAUAAAAUGUUAGGGAACCUAAAUAUAAAUUAGAUUUUUAAAUGUUAACAUAUAUAAAGACAAUUUUAGAUACUAUUUAAAAUAAAAAAUAAUGUGAUACUGUAUAUUUUCCAAAUAUUGAUUAAAAAGAUAUAGGAUUAAUAUUUUAGUCUUAAGAUGUUCUAUUAUUUAAAUCAUCAAGUAUGAUAUUUUAGCACAAAUACAAUGAAGCAUUAAUAAUUCUUUAGUAAUUGGAAACUUAUUGGAUGAAAUCAUAAAAAGAUAGAAUGAAUAGUAUUUCAAGUCAUCAAGAUGCUGAUUCAGAAAAGAGUGAAGAUUUAUUUAAUGAAAUGGUUUUGAAAUCAGAGAGAAUAGUGUAACAUAUAAUUGGUAUAAAAUACAAUAUGGCUAUAAUUUAUUUAUUGGUAAUAUGUUAUAAUAAUAAUAAUUAAUAGUUAUCUUAAUAUACAAAUGCUAAGAUGAAAGUAGAAGAUAUAAGAGAAUAAGUUGGUAAUGUUGUUUCAGAUGAAUUGGAUUAUUUAAAACUUUUAAUUUAAAAUUAAAUUGAUAAAAAAUAAACUCAUGUUUUUAAUAAAUCUAUUUUAACUUUUUUAAUGAAUGAGAAAAGUAUUUUUAAUGGAUUUCCAACUAUAAAAAUACAUUUAUAUGGUUAAGGAAUUUUUGAAUGCAAAUUAUCUCUUAAUUUUCCAGAUAUUCAACCACCAAAUAUUUGUCCAGAAUUUAAAAAAGAAUUUUUAUUUAUGAUUAAAGUAACUUUGAUUCAUUUAAUAUUUAGCCUAAUCUUAUAGAAAAUAAACCUGAAGCACCUUGGCUUCAGAGAACUUCAUAAUAAAUACUUGUUUUUACUUAAAAUCAAUUAAAUGAUGAUUUAGAUCUGACAACUGAUGAUGAAGUAGAAACUAAUGAAAAAAGAAAAAAGAAGAGAUAAGUUUAAAAUUUGGAGAUUGAUGAAAAAGUAUAAAAACGUUUGGAUUAGUUGAUGAAGAAAUUAUGA